UCAGUCUUUAAUUUUCUUCGGAGUUGUGUUAACGUGUUUUAGAAAUUACUGCGUUAAAAUAAAAUAAAAAUAUAAAAUUUAUUCAUAUGAAGUUCUCUUCAAUUAAAACACAAACUUUAGAAUAAAUAUUUCAUUAUAACAUUUAUAUAAACGAACACGAAUGUGGAUUACACGCCGCAAAGGAAGAGUUGGAAAUAAGUUUGCAAUUCGAAUUCUACAUAUUCCUGUGAAAAGAAUUCAAAACGCAGAAAAAUCGAAGCAAACAGCAAGAAAGCAGCUUUAAAACGCAGUGCAAACUAAUUCGGAAAUGAAGUGAAAAUAAAAAGAAGCGAAGCAAAUAAAUAGUGUGAAACAGCAAAAUAGAAGCUGUUGAAGUAGAAAAGAAAAAGUGCAUUCGCUAUCUCAUUGCAGUUUUGUGCUACAUUGCACACCGUCCGUUCAGUGAUUUUCAUUAUCUACGUAGUUAAUUGCAGUAAUUUCGUGCUUAUUAAAAAUAAUUCAAAAUUAAUUUCCGGCGCAUUAAAAUAUUUUCAAAGCUGGAUUAUAAUAAAUCCGACGAUAUUGGAUCUCUACAGGAAAAUAAUUCUGGAGUGACCAACAAAAUGGUGAAACGCACCGACGGCACAGAAUCUCCCAUAUUAGCUGAAGCCGAUGCAGAUGGUCAUGACAAACCGCGAGUGCGAUAUGGUGAACUUGUUAUACUGGGCUAUAAUGGUUAUUUACCGCAAGGUGAUCGCGGUCGCAGACGUUCAAAAUUCGUACUUUACAAACGUACAGAGCCGAACGGUGUGAAACGUUCCAAACACUAUAUCGUCCAAUCGCCACAGACAUCGAAAGCUAUAUUAGAUGCCAAUCAGCAUUCAAUUUCGUACACACUGUCACGCAAUCAAGCUGUCAUCGUGGAAUACAAAGAAGACACGGAAACGGAUAUGUUUCAGGUUGGCCGCUCAUCGGAGUCCCCCAUAGAUUUUGUUGUUAUGGACACAUUGCCCGGUGAUAAAAAAGAUGCUAAAGUCAUGCAAAGUACAAUAUCGCGUUUCGCAUGUCGAAUACUCGUGAAUCGCUGUGAGGCAUCCAAAGCGCGAAUAUUUGCCGCGGGCUUCGACUCAAGUAGAAAUAUUUUCCUGGGCGAGAAGGCCACAAAAUGGCAGGAUAAUGUCGAAAUCGAUGGUCUCACCACAAACGGUGUGCUAAUAAUGCAUCCAAAGGGUCAGUUUUGCGGCGGCAAUGCCAAGUGUGGACUCUGGCGCGAAUGUUCCGUCGGCGGCGAUGUGUUCAGUCUGCGCGAGUCGCGAUCGGCACAGCAAAAGGGACAGCCGAUUUACGAUGAAUCCAAUGUGCUGCAAGAUGGCACACUGAUCGAUCUGUGCGGUGCCACGCUGCUUUGGCGUUCAGCCGAAGGCCUACAACAUUCACCGACCAAACGCGAUUUAGAAAAGCUAAUUGAUGAAAUCAACGCUGGGCGUCCGCAAUGUCCGGUCGGUUUGAAUACCUUAGUUAUACCUAGAAAAGUGAAUAUUGGUGAUCAAGUGAAUCAGCCUUAUGUGUACUUAAACUGUGGACAUGUUCAGGGUCAUCAUGAUUGGGGCCAGGAUAAGAGUACUGGCGCCCGUCGCUGUCCCAUGUGCCUCGAAGUUGGUCCGGUCGUUACGCUUUGUAUGGGUCUAGAACCGGCCUUUUAUGUUGAUGUCGGUGCACCUACGUUCGCUUUUAAUCCAUGUGGCCACAUGGCGACUGAGAAGACAGUCAAGUACUGGGCCAAUGUCGACAUACCACAUGGCACGAAUGGCUUUCAGGCGGUUUGUCCCUUCUGUGCGACGCCACUGGACGGUUCAUCCGGUUAUAUUAAGUUGAUUUUCCAAGAUAAUUUAGAUUAAAUUACAUAAUUACUAUUAUUAUGUUUAAAUGUAAGCCAAGCGCAUAUAUUUUGCAAGAAUGCAAACUAGCAAUGUUGCAGUUUAUCAGCCCUUUUAUAUGCAUUAGUAUAUAUGUAUACAUUUAUAUAAGUGUAUAUAUACAUAUAUUUGUAUGUAUACACAAUUGUAAUUACAAGAGUUGUGCGCUGAGGCGAAGCUUUUUGGCAAAUUUCGCGCGAAAGUGAAGUUAGUGGCGUAGAGUAAUGCUACUAUUGUAAUGAUUAUACAAUUAUUUUUUUAAUUUAUAUAUAGGAAUUUUCUCCCCCACAAAGAAAGCAUUGGCUGAUAAGCUUUAACAUACAUAUAUUUAGUUUAUUUGCCACACACAUACACACAGGCAACAACAAUUACAAAAUUUUAUUUCAAUUAUAUAAAAUGAAAAAAAAUUAUAUAUAAACACAUAUACAUACAAACACACACAUACACAUGGCACUGAAAAACAAGUGAAAAGCGAGAAAGUACUACAAAGAAAGUGAGCAAAAUGAAAAAGUAAAAUAAAAGUGCAUAAUUUUUUGUUUGUGUGUUGGCGUUAUGCAACUGCUGCACCGUUAUUAGGGUUCGUAAAGCCAGCUGUAGUGGUAAUGGAUUGUAAUGAAUUGUAAAGAAAUAACAUGAAAUUAAGUUAUGUAAAAUUUAUAAUAAAACUAAAAUACAAAACCGUAAAUGAUUACCGAUAAAUGUUAGCACUUAAGGCGAACAAAUAAACACAGAUGCUGUGAAAAGCAUUUUGCCACCAGCAAGCAACAUAUAGACACACGCAUACACACAUACACAUACAUACACAAAAUAUAUAUAUAAAUUUAACAAUUUAGAGCUUAAUGUGUAAGAAACCAAUAGUAGAACUACAAAGUGCAUCUGAAGGACGGACACUAGUGCCGAUUGAUGACGAAGUGGUUAUGUACAGUUUAACAGCGUAAAUAAUACAAAUAGGCGUUGCAGUGAUAGCUACAUUUACGGUACAUUCGUUUUUUAUGCAAACUCUCGCAGCAAGCGCUGCCACCCUGUUGGCAUUCAAAUAAUUAACAAGUAAAGCUUUUGAUUUACUUGUGAGUUUUAGAAAAAAUUUAAAUUUUUUUUGUUUUUUUCGAAAUGGAAUUUAAAUGGACUGAGCAAACGCCACUGCGUGCAAUUUCAACACGUUCACCGUUUAGCUUUUUAUUUAUAUAACGGCGGAAUAGUAAUUAUAUAUACACGCCCAUAUGUAUUCCACUAUACAUGUGCAUUUCAUUGAAAUCAAAAGCAAACCAAAAUAGCAAAAACAAAAAUUUACAUUCUUUAAUGAAAUUGAAAAUGAAAUCUAAAUGUGGCUUCAUGCGCAAAUGUAAAUGUAAAACUAAAAAAAAAAUUAUUAAAUAAAUAACUAAUAAUUAACUGAAUUGAGAGAUUUAGAUUUUAUGUACAUGUAUUAUGUAAUUGUGUGCACAAUUUGCAUGUGUUUAGAAUUUAAAUGAAUUAACUUGCAAGAAAUUCAAAGAUUGCAUUCAAAGUGAGUUACAAUAACAGCAAAAAAUUAGUUGCUGCGUUUAUGCAAUAUAUUUUAUUAACAGCAAAUUUACAUACAUAUAUUUACAAAAUUUUAGAUUAAUUUGUCAGAAAAGAAAAUCUCAAAAUUAUACAAACAUAUUUUUUUCAAAAUUUAUUUUUCGUUGUAAUUUAUAUAUAAUUUUUCUUUAUAUAAAAAGCUGUUUUUUUAUUUAAAAAACUCUGAAAAAAUUUAUCAAACUGUUGUUUACAGUCUUAAAAUUAAAAUAUUCUUACAAAAAAUUGCUUAAAUUAAUGUAAAUCAGUUAUUAAAAAAAUU